GAUGCCAACAAGCAUUUGACUGAUACACGCCUGGUGAUGUUCAGCACCACGCUUUAUAACUCACAAUUUAUUUAAGACUUAUUUAUUUCUUUCCCUUGUUGCUUUGGCACACACGCCUCAUCUCGAAAAUAUCUCGCUCCGUCGUGUGAUAUGUCAAAUGAGCUCAGGACAACCGACGAAUGGUCCGAUGAGUCAUGUUGGCGUGGGGAAAGAUGCCGCGUUCACGUACUAUCCGCGAGUUAUCUGGAGCUCCUAGUUCCAAAUUGGAAAUUUCAUUUUAACGACCCUCUAAAUCGUAAUUACAGGGAAACUCGGAGAAAUGUUUGUUACCCGAGUUGUGACGUUUCACCACCUACCAUUUACCUUUUCAACCAAACUAUGACAACCAAUCCUUUGUUGACAAUUACAACCCUCAAUGUACAGGAUACUUCUUCUCUUGAGAUUAAUGCCAAGUUCUGCACUUGUAUACGCUGCACUUGUAUAACUACAACCAGUUAGCAAAUCGGAAAAAAUGUACAUUUUUUUGUUCUGACUAGCACUUGAAAGCAGCGUCAGUUUAUUACAGACGCGUCAACAAGCAGACUUCGGAAGAAGAAAAAACGCAUUGGCCACACAAUGAGCAGAUUAAUGUACAAGGCAAAGUGUGUAUUAACAGUUACAUUCUGGGCCUUUGUGCUGCUCUUCAUAGCCUACUUCACACCCAUGUCAGUAAGGUACUUGGAGGGGUUCCUUCCCAUGAGCCGAUGUUCUCAAGCCCCUGCAGAGAAGCUGAAGCUGGGGAACAGUAUAGAUGCCUCCCUAGACCUCUGGUCCAGAGGUGAUGUUCAGACCUGCACUGACUGGGGAGCACCUGUGAUCUGGGAUGGGAUGUUUGACCCAGAUCAUUACGACCAGGAGCACAGGAAGAACCACUCAUCUGUCUCUCUCACUGUAUUCGCUGUGGGCAGGUAUCUAGAUGCCUACCUGAAGGCAUUCCUUCUCUCUGCUGAGCGUCACUUUAUGGAGGCUUUACCUGUAACAUACUAUGUGUUCACGGACGUUCCCGAGAGGGUACCAGACAUCCAUCUUGGUCCUGGGCGGAGCCUGAAAAUUGUGAGGGUGCAGAGACACUCUCGCUGGCAGGACAUCUCCAUGAUGCGUAUGAGGGCCAUCGCAGAUGCAAUCGAGUCACGGAUUCGUCACCACAGCCACUACGUCUUCUGCUUUGACGUGGACCAGGUGUUUGUGGGUCGGUUCGGCUCCGAGGCUCUGGGAGACUCUGUUGCUCUGCUCCACGCCUACUACUACCACCGACCACAGAGCCUGUACGCCUACGACCGCAACCCCAGGUCCAGGGCCUACAUGGAGACUGGGGACUUCUACUAUCAUGCUGCUGUGUUCGGAGGCUCGUGGCGAACUGUGAAGAAUAUGACGGAGACCUGUUACCAAACCAUCAUGAAGGACAAGGAGAACCAGGUGGAGGCUUUGUGGCACGACGAGAGUCACCUCAACAAGUACCUGUGGAUCCAUAAGCCCAGCAAAGUGCUGUCUCCAGAGUACUGCUGGGACAGGAACAUUGGCUACCGUGGUGACAUACAUGUGGCCCGCCUGCUCUGGUCAGAGAAGAAAUAUGGCACACUCCGGGUUACAGAGUGAGUAAUCAGAACCUGUGUGCAAUAAUCUAAUGAGCAAAAGCCCCUGAAGCGUCAAACAUGGUCCACAGUACAGAGCUGCGAUAGUCUACAGCCCAAUGUGAUUUAUGUCCAUGCCUUGUUCAGAGCAAUGAGGCUUGUAAAUGUGUCACAAUGGGCUGUCAGACUAUUAGAGCUGUGAAACUGUGGAAUGUUUGGCUUGUGUGUUGAAACAUGAUCUUGCAAGUAGUAUGUUUCUUGGUUCUCCUGUGUUGCUUCAGUUGUCUGGUGGUAUUGUCUCUCCACCCACGAAGUCUGCUGUCUGUGGCUGGCGGGAUUGAACAAAUGGGGAAAUAGACUAUGCUAUAGGCACUGCUUCUUUUGUAUGGUUUAUAUUUGUGGAUUAGAAGUAAAAAUCUGUUUUAUAAAGUUGUAUUAUAUAUUGGAAAUUGUUUUUAUGUAUCACUUUUACAAAAUAAAGAUGGAUACCUUAAAACUUGUCAGAAGGAUCCACCCAUAGCAAACCAACUCCAAAAUAAGGGCUAGAUUCCAUCAGUAGCGCUACAGAUUGAAUCUAGGCCUUAAAUGUUUAAAAAUGGCAACAUCUCAGGUUGGGGAUAUUGCAUGCCUCUAAGGACAAUGAUUUACUGGCCACAUGUCUGCUGAGAGAGAUGUCCUAACAAACAUAAUCCUCAGGUUGUUUUUAAAAUAUAUAAUCGAUAAUAUAUCAACCGGGACUGUAGCUUUUUCAAUAGGAGAGGGAGAGACCAUGGCCGCCCCACUCUGUUGCGCAAGGAAAACUCUGCGAACACCCAGCUAUCCACAGACAUGUCAUAUUUCUUGCUCAUUUUUCUAAAUAAAAGCCUAAAACUAUGUCUAAAGACUGUUGACACCUUGAGGAAGCAAUAGGAAAAGGAAUUUGGUUGAUAUCCCAUUAAAUGGAGGCAAAGCAUCCAAUGGAACAGAGAGCUUUCAGGAAAAACAGAACUUCCUUGUUGGAUUUUCCUCAGGUUUUCGCCUGCAAUAUCAGUUCUGUUAUACUCACAGACACAAUUUUGACAGUUUUGGAAACUUUAGAGUGUUUUCUAUCCUAAUCUGACAAUUAUAUGCAUAUUCUAGUUUCUGGGCCUGAGAAAUAGGCAGUUUCAAAUGGGUAAGUUUUUUUAGCCAAAAACGAAAAUUCUGCCCCCUACACUCAAGAAGUUAAUGUGAGUAUCUUUUUAGAUUUAAGUUAUAUACUCAGCAACAACAAAAAAAGUAAAUUUAUCAGGAUCCUGUCUUUCAAAGAUAAUUCAUAAAAAUAUUCAAUGUAAAGGUAUUAUAAACACCGUUUCCCAUGCUUGUUCAAUGAGCCAUAAACAAUUAAUGAACAUGUACCUGUGGAACAGACAAUAAGACACUAACAGCUUAUAGCAGCUUAAUUAAGGUCACCAUUAUGAAAACUUAGGACACUAAAGAGGCCUUUCUACUGACUCCGAAAAACCCCAAAAGAAAGAUACCUAGGGAGAUACCCUACUCAUCUGUGUGAACGUUCCUUAGGCAUGCUGCAAGGAGGCAUGAGGACUGCAGAUGUUGCCAGGGCAAUACAUUGCAAUGUCUGUACUGUGAGAUGCCUAAGUCAGCACUACAGGGAGACAUGAUGGACAGCUGAUCAUCCUCGCAGUGGCAGACCAUAUGUAACAACACCUGCACAGGAUCGGUACGUCAGAAUAUCACACCUGUGGGACAGGUACAGGAUGGCAACAACAACUGCCCGAGUUACACCAGGAAUGCACAAUCCCUCCAUCAGUGCUCAGACUGUCCGCAAUAGGCUGAAAGAUAGUACUGAGGGCUUGUAGGCCUGUUGUAAGGCAGGUCCUCACCAGACAUCACUGGCAACAACGUUGCCUAUGGGCACCGUCGCUGGACCAGACAGGACUGGCAAAAAGUGCUCUACACUGACGAGUCACGAUUUUGUCUCAUCAGGAAUGAUGGUCGGAUUUGCUUUUAUCGUUGAAGGCAUGAGCGUUACACCGAGGCCUGUACUCUGGAGCGGGAUUCAUUUUGGAGGUGGAAGGUCCAUCAUGGUCUGGGGCAGUGUGUCACAGCAUCAUCGAACUGAGCUUGUUGUCAUUGCAGGUAAUCUCAACGCUAUGCGUUACAGGGAAGACAUCCUCCUCCCUCAUGUGGUACCCCUCCUGCAGGCUCAUCCUGACAUGACCCUCCAGCAUAACAAUGCCACCAGCCAUACUGCUCGUUCUGUGCGUGAUUUCCUGCAAGACAGGAAUGUCAGUGUUCUGCCAGGGCCAGCGAAGAGCCCGGAUCUCAAUCCCAUUGAGCACGUCUGGGACCUAUUGGAUUGGAGGGUGAGGGCUAGGGCCAUUCCCCCCCAGAAAUGUCUGGUGUUAAGUCAAUGGGACUCAUUGACUGCUAAUAAAUCCACUUUGCACGUGAAAAUCUCUGCGGAGAAACACUAACGAACUUUAAGGCUAUUUUCUGGAAAUGUUAAGACUACAGACCAUUAUAAUUGGGUUAUUUGCGGUAUUUAUUUGUCAUUUCAAUAGCAUAGGGUCUAUGUUACUGACUGUUUCUGAUUGUAAUUUCAACUAUUGCCAUUUUUUUCUUAGUUAUAGCAGCCAGUGUUUGUUUAAAGAUAUAAACUCUUGACGAUUUUGCAGCUUGCUUAGUUCAAAUUGAAGGACUCUUUAAUCCACUGAUAGAAUAGGCUACUAGGAAUGAUGUCGUAAUUCAAAUCACUGAAUCAAAUAUUAAUGAUAUGGAUAUGAACUGAAUAUAUGCUUGUUAAAAAUUGCAAGUGUUUGUUUUAUUACCUGUAGCCUAAUCAGAAGGGACAGUUACUAAAUCUAAUUAAUUCUAAUAAUAGCUGAUAGGCAAUUGCGAUAGAUCCAUGACCAUGAUUAUAAAAUAUGGGUAUUCAUUAUUGCAUGAUAAUACAAGGCUACCACAGCAAUGGAUUGAUGUUGUGGACAGAAAGAGGCUCUUAUUGUGAACUAUUAGCUCCCAUCAAUGUAUUUUUUUCCUCAUGAAUUGACGGAUGUAUUUUAAUUUGGCACAUUUACAUAUUAAUUAAACGUCCAUGACUUUAAAAUUAACAAGUGUGAAGCAGAGGUUGGUAUUAAAAAUACAGACUAAUAUUGUUUGGGUAGACUGAAAUGAAAACAAUACCUUCUAAUAAUUUGAAUGGAAAUAUGUUAUUAGUUAUUGGUGGUUUUUGGAUAGACUACUAAUGCCAUGUUUUAGUCGGCUGGUGAAAGCGAGUCGUGCUCACUGGGCUGUAAGGGACGCAGUGGGACAUUUGCAGCAGAGGUCUGAAUAGUUGAAUCGGAAACGUUAUUUUGAUCGUUGCUGAUUACUGUUGCUGGGUUUUAUAGGUUUAGGUAACACCACUGAAUUUCAGCACAAAGUUAAUGAAUUCUCAAACGAUAAUCUAUUUCCAUUGCCGGGGAACAGUGCUUAAAAAAUGAAAGUAGAUCCAAGUAAAUGUUUCCAAAUAGCAUUUGACUAUUACGCUGAUAGGACAGCACAGACUUGUUGAAGGCUCUAGAUUUGUUAAACAGGUUAAUAUUUUGACUAAAUCAAUGCAACAGGUUAAAAUGAUAACAUUACCAGAAGUGGGCGAUACAGCUAUUACCAAUGUAAUUGGACAUUGGUCCAGUAAAGACACCAGGAUCAUUUGACAUGGGAGGAAAUUGAUCCGAUUUUUGGGGUUGGACAAUGCUCGCGAGAAUUAAAGACAAUGGAGUCUAAAGGGUAAUAAAUAAAAAAUACUCAGAACCUUGGGUGUUUUAAUCUCAUGUGAGAUGUUUUUAUUUUUUAUCUUGUCUUAUUCAGAAAUAGAUUUGUAAAGGGAACUGGCCUGGCUGUUUUUUGUUUGUUUUAGCCAUAUGGUUUGUAAAAACACACUCACAACACAUUUGCUAUGAAUAUUUGUUAGUGGUGUUAAUACCGUGGUUUGACUUGUUGAGUGGACUAUUUCAUUUGGGUUCGUGAGUUUUCACACAUGGAAUUUCAACGUUUUUGUGUUUCUGAGUUUUAAUUGAACACAUGUACAUUCUUUUGAUAAGAAAUGUACUGGAAACUUACAUUUUGGAUCCCAGGUUUCCAGUAUGAAAUGUUAGACUGUUUUUGAUUAAUUAGUCGAAUAUAGUAAGAAACACUUCUUUGAAGGGUUUGUCUGACCUCUGUCCUGACUUUCAAACUUUUUGGUUUGAUCACCCUCACUGGAAAGCCAUUUGGAUGAUAAAUUUAAGGUGAUUUGUAAUACUGAUAAUUAUUAAGUUUAUGGUUCAUCUCCUUAUUUGUGAUUCGGACUAACGGGAAGAAGGAGGGGGUGUUGCCUUUGAAUAAGGGUAGGCUGUCUUAAGUCUAUAUUCCUAUGACUGUAUGGGUAUAAAAAAAUAUUAAAACAUCUUUAUGGAGUUAUGGGUAGUGAUUCUAAUUAGAUUUUGUCAUUUGAAAUUGUUUUAUUUUUAAACAACAGUGGUGUUUUUUAUUUUAUUUUUUAACACAGUCUGAGUCUUGUCAAAAUGUCUGGUGGUUAAUGUUGUCUGGUGGUUAUUGUGAGGGUGACUACGGACUACGGUUUCUUGGUUCUCCUGUGUUGCUUCAGUUGUCUGGUGGUAUUGUCUCUCCACCCACGAAGUCUGCUGUCUGUGGCUGGCGGGAUUGAACAAAUGGGGAAAUAGACUAUGCUAUAGGCACUGCUUCUUUUGUAUGGUUUAUAUUUGUGGAUUAGAAGUAAAAAUCUGUUUUAUAAAGUUGUAUUAUAUAUUGGAAAUUGUUUUUAUGUAUCACUUUUACAAAAUAAAGAUGGAUACCUUAAAACUUGUCAGAAGGAUCCACCCAUAGCAAACCAACUCCAAAAUAAGGGCUAGAUUCCAUCAGUAGCGCUACAGAUUGAAUCUAGGCCUUAAAUGUUUAAAAAUGGCAACAUCUCAGGUUGGGGAUAUUGCAUGCCUCUAAGGACAAUGAUUUACUGGCCACAUGUCUGCUGAGAGAGAUGUCCUAACAAACAUAAUCCUCAGGUUGUUUUUAAAAUAUAUAAUCGAUAAUAUAUCAACCGGGACUGUAGCU